AACGCUAGGGGGCAGUGAUAUAUGUUCUAAACAUUUUAAUGUCAGCAGUUCACUGCUGCAGUUCAGCGUUAGACCAAAACCUGUCAGCAAUGUAAACAACUUUGCAUUCACGUGGAUCUGUUAGCCUACAGCACAGACCUGCUUGCGAAAUUUGAUGUUACUGUCGUCAGCAUGGCGUCAACGUCCAGCUUUGCUCCUCCGAAACUGUCCGACUUCAUCCUCACGGAGCGGCUGGGCAGUGGAACCUAUGCAACCGUCUACAAAGCCUACAGGAAGGGGGACAGUCGGGAGGUGGUGGCAGUGAAGGUGGUUGGGAAGAAGACUCUGAACAGGGCAUCGACGGAAAACCUGCUCACAGAGAUAGAAAUCCUCAAGACGAUGCGUCACCCUCAUAUAGUCCAGCUCAAAGACUUUCAGUGGGAUGCUGAGAACAUUUAUCUGAUCCUGGAGUGGUGCUCUGGUGGAGAUCUCUCCUGCUUCAUUCGCAGCCGCAGGAUUUUACCAGAGCGGGUGGUCCGGCGCUUCCUGCAACAGAUGGCCUGUGCCCUUCAGUUUCUUCAUGAGCGAAACAUCUCACAUCUGGACCUGAAACCCCAAAACAUUCUGCUCAGCGGCUCUGUCCUAAAACUAGCAGAUUUUGGUUUCGCUCAGUACAUGUCACCUUGGGAUGAGCAGAGUGUCCUGAGAGGCUCUCCUCUUUACAUGGCUCCUGAGAUGGUGUGUCGACGCCAAUAUGACUCCAGGGUGGAUCUCUGGUCAGUGGGAGUCAUUCUCUAUGAGGCCCUGUUUGGGCGAGCACCCUUUGCAUCAAGGUCUUACGCUGAGCUGGAGGAGAAGAUCCGCAGUAACCAACCUAUUGAGCUCCCUCCUGGGGCCAGGGUAUCCAAGGACUGCAGAGACCUUCUGUUGCGGCUGCUAGAGAGAAAUCCAGAUGCCCGGAUCACCUUUGCAGAGUUCUUCACCCACCCUUUUGUUGAUAUGGAGCACAUGCCGAGUGCAGAGAGCCUUGUGAAAGCGAAAGAGAUGGUCCUGCAGGCUGUUCAGAAGGACCAGGAGGGGGAGAGGUCCGCUGCUCUCUCUCUUUACUGCAGUGCCCUUGAGCACUUUGUCCCCUCGAUUCACUACGAGACAGACCGACAACGUAAAGAUGCCCUCAGGCAGAAGGUCAGCCAGUAUGUGUCCAGAGCCGAGGAGCUGAAAGCCCUGGUGGCCUCAGACAACAGACUGAGCUUUGAGGAGGCCCGGACCUCCAGAGAUGUCCUCCGAGAAAUGUCUCGAGACAAACCCCGACUGCUGGCUGCUCUGGAGAUGUCCUCUGCUGCCAUUAUUAAGGAGGAGAGUGGAUGUGGUGAUCAGGAGGCCCUGGAUGUGUACCAGCAGGGCUUAGGAGAACUCCUGUUGGCGCUAGCAGCCGAGCCCCAGGGCCGCAGGAGAGAGCUGCUCCACAGCGAGAUUAAAAGCCUCAUGACCAGAGCUGAAUACCUCAAAAAGAAUAUCAAGAUGCAGGAGACCCAGAGGGACGUGUCUCUGGAGCGAGAAUCUCUCGCCGACUCUGUCAGAAGCUCUUGCUGUUUGCAGUGAGCACGACGGCCUCACAGAGUGUCCCGGCUUCACCGGAUCAAACCUGCAUCACACCUCACCCCAAACAACCCUGAGCGCCGCCCGGGUGGGAUGUUCCAGUUGCCAGCCAAGUGCGGUCAAUGUUUUUGCUGUUGCUGGAAAGUUGAUAAUUUGGCAGGUUGAGAACGUGUGCUUCUACUCUCUGAGGGAAGAAAACGUUUGGCUGCUGAAACUCUGAAAGUAGCGUUGGAUUUGUACACUGGUGAAUGUGUAAGUUAGUUCCCUGUGUUGUUGCCUCAAAUCCCUCCUCCUCGCACACCAUUGAUAUGUAAAUGAUGGACAGCUUGUAUGACAAUACCACACUGUCAUGGUAAACGAGUUAAACAGAGACUGCUGCGUUUAUUGUAGCGCAAAACCUUCAACGCUUUUUGCAGCUGAAAACCUGAAAAUACAGUCAAACGGGAACGUGGAUGUUAAGAUGAGACAACAUCCUUACUUUAAUGCACCGGUAAACCUUUUGGCUUCCUUAACAUUUGUUCUUUCAGACUAGUGGAAAUAAAAAAUCCAAAAUACACAUUUAGGAGUUUAGUUUACUCGUUUUUGUCUUUUUGCCAAAAGUUAGCAUUACAUAAAGCCUCAUUUGCAUAUUUAACAUUUUAAAAAGCAUUUGUCCAAAUGUAAGGAAUGAAGUGGGGGCGUUUCAUGCUGUUCUCUUAUUCACCUGUAGUGUCUUCAAAAUGUAGAUCAUUUAAAAUGAAUUAUUAGCACUCUUAGUAGCACUUCCAUACACCAAACUGCAGCUUCAUUCUUAUCUCUGAAGGUUCUUACAGAGGGUAUGUUCUGAUCCAAACCUUUGACCCUGGCUUUAUCCGAUGUCGGGGACAGUAUGCACGUUAGCACAUAUUUAGUAAGAUAACGCCUUAUAUGCAUAUUUAAAGUGUUGCAUAUGUUGACUCCAUUCAGCUGCAGUGUCUCCCCAUGAGACGGAUCACAUCAGUCUUGAAGUGAAGUAUUAAGUAUAUAAUAUCGAGGCCUCUGCAAACAUGCACGCACGCCCUCAGCCUGCCUUCCCCACGGCCUUUACUGUGGCUCAACCACAGGCUCACCAUGCUCUCUCCGCUGACGGAGCCCUCUCCACCACCAUGAGGGGAAAACUGGAGAGGUGCGGCCUCUGCCUUAUUUACACUAGACUUGCAUUUUCUUAGGUUUGGCACCGGCCGGGUAUUUGAGGGAUACAGUGAGUUGUGGCGCUGAAGCAAAGCCUUCAUAACUAGGCCUCUGUGAAACAGUCGGGGGCGGGCGCUGUUGCAGGUCUUCACGCACUGUCUGACGGUAAAGUGCUUGAAGGGAGCUUUACUUUGUGAAUAUAAGCUUUUAAGGGAACUGGAGAAAAUACCUGAAGUAUAAACACGUCUGUGAGAUUUCCACACUGCUGUUUGUUGUUUUAUUUGAAUGUUUAUACAGCUGUGAUUUUUAUAUUUUGUGUAUUUAUUAAAUGGGGAAUAAAAUGGCAAUCUGUGAAGCUUC